UCCUUACAUUUCCAAUAAGUUUAUUGUAACAUGGGCAAAAAUGGUGCUCUGUCUGACUGUCAUUCUGUUCCUAACUUUGCAUCUCCUGCCUGGAAUGAAAAGUUCAAAGGUAAAUUUGAUUAACAAUGGAUAUGAAGGCAUUGUCAUUGCAAUUAACCCUAGUGUGCCAGAAGAUGAAAAACUCAUUCAAAACAUAAAGGAAAUGGUAAAUGAAGCUUCUACUUACCUGUUUCAUGCCACCAAACGAAGAGUUUAUUUCAGGAAUGUAAGCAUUUUAAUUCCAAUGACGUGGAAGUCAAAAUCUGAGUACUUAAUGCCAAAACAAGAAUCAUAUGACCAGGCAGAUGUCAUAGUUGCUAAUCCUUACCUAAAAUAUGGAGAUGAUCCCUAUACACUUCAAUAUGGAAGAUGUGGAGAAAAAGGACAAUAUAUACAUUUUACUCCAAACUUCUUGCUGACUAAUAAUUUGCCUAUCUAUGGGUCCCGAGGCAGAGUAUUUGUCCAUGAGUGGGCCCACCUCCGAUGGGGAAUAUUUGAUGAGAAUAACGGGGACCAGCCAUUCUAUAUCUCCAGAAGGAACACUAUUGAAGCAACAAGAUGUUCAACUCAUAUUACUGGUACUAAUGUGGUUUUCAAGAAGUGCCAGGGAGGCAGCUGUAUAACAAGGCCAUGCAGACGUGACUCACAGACAGGUCUGUACGAAGCAGAAUGUACAUUCAUCCCAGAAAAAUCCCAGACUGCAAAAGUUUGCAUGUUUAUGCAAAGUCUCCAUUCUGUGACCGAAUUUUGCACAGAAAAAACACACAAUACGGAAGCUCCAAACCUACAAAACAAAAUGUGCAAUGGCAAAAGCACAUGGGAUGUAAUCAUGAACUCUGCUGACUUUCAGAAUACAUCUCCCAUGACAGAAAUGAACCCACCGACUCGUCCUACAUUUUCAUUGCUCAGGUCCAAACAGCGAGUAGUUUGUUUGGUACUUGAUAAAUCUGGAAGCAUGUCUUCAGAAGAUCGUCUCUUUCGAAUGAAUCAAGCAGCAGAAUUAUUCUUGAUUCAAAUUAUUGAAAAGGGAUCCUUGGUUGGGAUGGUUACAUUUGACAGUGUUGCUGAAAUCCGAAAUCAUCUAACAAAAAUAACUGAUGAUAAUGUUUACAAAAAUAUCACUGCAAAUCUGCCUCAAGAAGCUGAUGGUGGAACUUCAAUUUGUAGGGGGCUCAAAGCAGGAUUUCAGGCAAUUAUUCAGAGUAACCAGAGCACUUCUGGUUCUGAAAUCAUACUACUAACUGAUGGGGAAGAUAAUGAAAUACACUUAUGCAUUGAGGAGGUAAAACAAAGUGGUGUGAUCAUUCACACCAUUGCUCUGGGACCUUCUGCUGCCAAAGAACUGGAGACACUGUCAGAUAUUACAGGAGGACAUCGGUUUUAUGCCAAUAAAGACAUAAAUGGCCUUACUAAUGCGUUCAGUAGAAUUUCAUCUAGAAGUGGCAGUAUCACUCAACAGACUGUUCAGUUGGAAAGCAAAGCCUUGGCAAUUACAGGAAAGAAAUGGGUAAAUGGUACAGUGCCUGUGGAUAGUACAAUUGGAAAUGACACUUUCUUUGUUGUCACAUGGACAAUAAAAAAGCCAGAAGUUCUUCUCCAGGAUCCAAAAGGAAAGAAAUAUAAAACCUCAGAUUUCAAAGAAGAUAAGCUAAAUAUUGGUUCUGCUCGUCUUCGAAUACCUGGUAUUGCAGAGACAGGUACUUGGACUUAUAGCCUUCUAAAUAAUCAUGCCAGUUCUCAAAUGCUAACAGUGACAGUGACUACUCGAGCAAGAAGUCCUACUACACCCCCAGUAACUGCAGCUGCUCACAUGAGUCAAUACACAGCCCAUUACCCUAGCCCAGUGAUUGUUUAUGCACAAGUCAGUCAAGGGUUUUUGCCUGUACUGGGAAUCAGUGUAAUAGCCUUUAUAGAAACCGAAGAUGGACAUCAAGUAACAUUGGAGCUCUGGGACAAUGGUGCAGGUGCUGAUACUGUCAAGAAUGAUGGCAUCUAUUCAAGAUAUUUUACAGAUUACCGUGGAAAUGGUAGAUACAGUUUAAAAGUACUUGCCCAGGCAAGAAACAACACGGCUAGGCUAAGUUUAAGACAACCACACAACAAAGCCCUGUAUGUACCAGGCUAUAUUGAAAAUGGUAAAAUUAUACUGAACCCACCCAGACCUGAAGUCAAAGAUGACCUGGCAAAAGCUGAAAUAGAAGACUUUAGCAGAGUAACCUCUGGAGGGUCAUUUACUGUAUCAGGAGCUCCUCCUCCUGGUAAUCACCCUUCUGUGCUCCCGCCCAAUAAAAUUAUAGACCUUGAAGCAAAAUUUAAAGAAGAUCAUAUUCAACUCUCAUGGACAGCCCCUGGCAAUGUCCUAGAUAAAGGAAAAGCCAACAGCUACAUUAUAAGAAUAAGUAAGAGUUUCCUGCAUCUCCAAGAAGAUUUUGACAAUGCAACUUUAGUGAAUACUUCUAGUGUAAAACCUAAGGAGGCUGGCUCAGUAGAAAAUUUUGAAUUUAAACCAGAACCUUUUAGAAUAGAAAACGGCACCAACUUCUAUAUUGCAGUCCAAGCCAUCAAUGAAGCCAAUCUCACCUCAGAGGUUUCUAACAUUGCACAAGCAAUCAAGUUUAUUCCUGUGCCAGAAGACAGUGUCCCUGCUCUCGGUACCAAGAUUUCUGCAAUCAGUUUGGCAAUUUUUGGAUUAGCUAUGAUCUUAUCUAUAUUUUAAACUGGGGAUUGCAUCAGAACUGAGAUUCAAUGUUAUACAUAGUUGGCAAACAUUUAUUUAGGAUUUAAUUUGCUAUACACAUUGUCUAUUAUAAAGCUCUUUGAAAUAUAUGUGAAUGUGUGAAAGUUGUAAAUUUCCUAAAUACUUGAGUUUAUUAGUUCUAAUUAGUUUUACUUUAAAGCAAAAUGAAUAUACCAUUUCCUAUCUUAGAAAAACCCAUUUAUUAACUAACCAUAAAAUAAAAUGCAUAUUUUUACUUGCUUUUUUCUUUUUUUGGCCAUGCCAUACAUCUUGCAGGAUCUCACGUCCCCAAAUAGGAACUGAACCCAGGUAACACCAGCGAGAGUGCCAAAUCCUAACUUCUAGGCCACUAGGGAACACCUUACUUAUUGGCUUUUUAAGAAACAGUUUCAAAGUGUGCUAUAAAUUCACUUGGUAUAUUAACAAAAUCAAAGUUUUUCUAAGCCAUUUGAAAAAUAUUUAUGAAUCCACAAUAGAAAUAAUUUUAUGAUAGAAUUAUUUAGGUUUCAUUUUUAUUAUGAAAGAAUACUUCAUAUUAACAAAAACUAUAAUAAAAAAAGACUAUAAGAUAAUUUUUCAAUGAGCUAUGAUCCAAAGCAGUAAGGAGGUAAAAUUUGUUUCCUAUCAUUGAUUAAAAGUGGUCUAUCAAAGCUUUGAUCCUAGGCAUGAAAUGACCAUUAGACAAGAAUAAUUUACUUUUGUAUGUAUUGUGGAACAUCACUAAAGACCCAUUCAUAUUCUGAGGCUAUUAUUAAAUCCUAAGGAUAUCACCAAGAUGCUUUAUCAA